AUGGCCGAGCAAGUUGCUAGAGGUAAUCAAUAUCAAUACACUGCUAAUUCUAAUCUCGUCCUACAAGCAAAUCGAUCAGAAUUACCACGUCGAGAUCAUGAACCUUCUGGUGAGCCAGAAUCUUUAUGGGGGAAAAUCAAUCCUAAAGAUUUUGGUAGUCGAGCUCAAAGGAGCACCGCUUACGGGUAUUCUAAUGUGCUGGCAGCUACCGAAUAUUUUGACGGGUUGUCUUACAGACCACGGACGAAAGAGACCAGGGAAACAUAUGAGUUGAUCUUGGCAUUUGUUCAUCAAAACCUCGGUGAUCAAGCCCAAGACGUAAUUCGAAGUGCGGCAGAUGAUAUCUUACAAAUUUUGAAAAAUGACAUGCUUAAAGAUUUUGACAAGAAAAAGGAUAUCGAAACAGUUAUUGGUACCAUUGCAUCCGAUAGGUUUGCACAGCUAGUGAAUCUAGGGAAAAAAAUUACAGAUUAUCAUCAUGGGGAUGCCAUGAAUUUAGAUAAGGAUGGUGAACUUUCAGGAGAGAUUGAUGAUGAACUUGGAGUCGCUGCGGUGACAACGGGCGUAUUAGGUGUUGGUCAAGUUGAAAAUGAUGAAGAUCGAGAGUUCAUCUCUGACGAGGAGAACGAAGGGUUUCGUACAGUUAUUGGACCAGAUACCGCAAAACCAAAGAAGGUCACUGGUGCACAAGCUGUACAAAAGAUAUCUCCACAUGAUAUUGAUGCCUUCUGGCUUCAGCGUCUGAUAUCAAACUAUUAUCCAGAUCCACACACAGCACAGGAGAAGACUUCGAACACUAUGCAAAUACUCGAGUCGGACAUUAACACUCGUGAUUGUGAAAACGAAUUAAUGAAUCUUUUUGAUUAUGACAAAUUUGAUCUUGUCAAGAUACUGACAAGAAAUAGGGAAUUAAUUUUAUGGUGCACUCAACUCGCUAAGGCUGGAACAGAUACCGUCAGGCGUCAAAAUAUUGAACGAGAGAUCCGCGAACGAGGAUUAGAAUGGAUUCUCAAGGACCUUGGGGGAGAGAGAAUUCGUCGCGGUGAAGGAGCCGCCCGAAAGGGUGUGGUUGAGGACGCAAUGGAGAUAGAUGAAAAACCGGUGCCGGCGCAUGGUCCUGUUCCUGCCUCUGUCAAGGCUACUUUGCCUCCGGUUACGACGGCAACACCCAAGACUGUAAUUGACCUCGAAUCGUUGGUGUUCACGCAGGGUGGACAUUUGAUGUCUAAUAAGAAGUGCAAGUUGCCCGAUGGAUCUCAUAAGAUUUCCAAGAAAGGUUAUGAAGAAAUUCACGUACCAGCACCUAAACCGAAACCGUUUGCCGAGAAUGAAACGCUCAUACCAAUAGGCGAUCUACAAGAGUGGAUUCAAGACGCCUUUAAAGGAGCAAAAACACUCAAUCGUAUUCAAAGCAAGCUGUACCCAGUUGCAUUUGGUACAGAUGAAAACAUAUUACUGUGUGCUCCAACCGGUUCAGGGAAAACCAAUGUUGCUAUGCUAUGCAUCCUCAAUGAAAUGAGCAAAUGGCGCCAGGACGAUGGAUUUAUAGAUUUUGACAAAUUUAAGGUUGUCUAUAUCGCUCCAAUGAAAGCUCUUGUUCAAGAGGUGGUCGGCAAUUUUUCAACUCGUCUUCAACCUUACGGUAUAAAGGUCGCCGAGUUGACCGGUGAUCGUCAACUCACCAAGCAGCAGAUAUCCGAAACACAGAUCAUAGUGACUACACCCGAGAAGUGGGACGUGAUUACAAGAAAAGCCACCGACAGGAGUUACACGAAGCUUGUUAGACUCACGAUUUUUGACGAAGUGCAUUUACUUCACGACGAUCGUGGGCCGGUUCUGGAAAGCAUUGUGGCGCGAACGAUUCGUCAUAUGGAACAGACGCAAGAGAGAAUUAGGUUGGUGGGUCUUUCGGCAACGCUCCCCAAUUAUAUCGAUGUGGCCACUUUCUUGCGGGUGAAGCCGGAGAUAGGAUUAUUUCACUUUGAUGGUGCUUAUCGUCCGUGUCCUUUGAAACAAGAGUUUAUUGGUGUCACCGAAAAAAAGGCCAUCAAGAGAUUUCAGGUUAUGAAUGAAGUAACCUAUCUUAAGGUCAUGGAACAGGCAGGUAAAAACCAGGUUCUCAUAUUCGUUCAUUCACGCAAGGAAACGGCAAAAACAGCAAAGACAAUUAGGGACAUGGCACUUGAAAAGGAUACGAUCGGGCAAUUUCUCAGGGAGGACUCUGCGAGUCGCGAAAUUUUGCAGACCGAAUCUUCUACCGUUAAGGACGCGAACCUACAAGAUUUAUUGCCUUAUGGAUUUGCCAUCCAUCACGCUGGAAUGACGCGUGCGGACCGCACUUUGGUAGAAGAAUUAUUUGCAGACGGACAUAUUCAAGUUUUGUUUUCCACAGCAACAUUGGCUUGGGGUGUCAACUUACCUGCCCACUCGGUUAUAAUAAAAGGUACUCAGAUAUACUCACCGGAGAAGGGUCGAUGGGUUGAAUUGAGUCCUCAAGAUGUUCUUCAGAUGUUGGGUCGUGCAGGUCGUCCUCAAUAUGACACCUUUGGUGAAGGCGUCAUAAUCACUUCGCACACCGAACUUCAGUAUUAUUUAUCGCUUCUAAACCAACAGCUACCUAUUGAAAGUCAAUUCAUAAACAGACUACCGGACAAUCUGAAUGCAGAAAUCGUAUUGGGAACUGUGAGAAAUCGCGAUGAAGCGGUUGAGUGGUUAGGAUAUACGUAUCUGUUCGUGCGAAUGUUGCGCAAUCCGACUCUUUACGGCAUCACGAUAGAUCAAUUGGAGGAGGAUGAGUUUCUUGGACAAAAACGAGUGGAUUUGAUACACUCUGCCGCAUUGCUGUUGGAUAAAUCCAAUUUGAUUAAAUAUGAUAAGAAAACCGGCAGAUUUCAAGUCACUGAGUUGGGACGUAUCGCUUCGCAUUUCUAUAUCACGCACACAUCGAUGGCAACGUACAAUCAACAUUUGAAACCAAUGAUGGGUCACAUCGAGUUGUUCCGUGUAUUUGCUCUAUCCGAUGAAUUCAAGUAUAUUCCCGUGCGAGAGGAAGAGAAACUCGAGCUGUCGAAAUUACUCGAACGUGUGCCUGUCCCAGUCAAGGAAGGUAUCGAGGAACCAACGUCAAAGAUCAAUGUUCUUCUACAAUCUUACAUCUCCCAGCUCAAGUUAGACGGAUUCGCACUUGUUUCCGAUAUGGUGUAUGUGACUCAGUCAGCGAGUCGAAUUCUUCGCGCCAUGUUCGAAAUUUGUUUAAAACGUGGCUGGGCUCAACUUUCACGAAGGGCUCUGGAUCUUUGUAAAAUGGUGGAGAAACGUAUGUGGCUCUCUAUGUCGCCUUUGCAUCAGUUCAAGUUAAUAGCUCCGGAUUUGAUCAAGAGGAUUGAAAAGAAAGAUUUUCCCUGGGAAAGAUACUUUGAUUUAAAUCCUCAAGAGAUAGGUGAACUCGUAGGCGUUCCUAAAGCCGGUAAGAUGAUUCACAAGUAUGUUCAUCAAUUUCCUAAAUUGGAGUUGCAGACUUUUGUGCAGCCUAUAACCCGUUCGCUGUUGCGAGUUGAGCUCAAGAUCACGCCGGAUUUCCAAUGGGACGAGAAAGUUCAUGGAAUGGCCGAGGCAUUUUGGGUAUUGGUCGAAGACGUGGACGGAGAGGUCAUCUUGUACCACGAUUCCUUUAUUCUAAAACAAAAGUAUGCAGAGGAGGAUCAUGUUAUAACAUUCACGGUACCACUCUUCGAACCUUUACCACCCAAUUAUUUCAUCUCUAUAAUUUCCGAUCGUUGGUUACACUGCGAAACCAAGUUGCCAAUUUCCUUUAGGCACUUGAUACUCCCCAAAAAGUAUCCACCCCAUACCGAAUUGCUUGACUUACAACCCUUGCCCGUAUCCGCAUUGCGAAAUCCCGAAUACGAGGAUGUGUAUAAACGAUGGAUUGAGAAUUUCAACCCUAUUCAAACACAAGUAUUUAAUGCUCUGUACAAUACGGAUGAUAACGUCUUUGUUGGUGCGCCUACUGGGAGUGGAAAGACGAUUUGCGCAGAAUUUUCUCUUCUUCGUCUGUGGUCCAAGCCAAACCAUGGUCGUUGUGUUUACAUCGCGCCAUUCCAAGAGGUGGUCGAUCGAAUAAAGGCCGAGUGGAUGAAAAAAUUUGGCGCACUUCAGGGUGGGAAGAAUAUAGUAUCGCUUACCGGGGAAACCAGUGCGGAUCUUCGCUUGUUGGAAGUUGGCGAUGUCGUAUUUGCCACACCUACGCAAUGGGACGUCAUGUCUCGCCGAUGGAAGCAACGUAAAAACGUUCAAAAUGUUGCAUUAUUUAUUGCAGAUGAAUUGCACCUAAUAGGUAGCGACGUUGGACCAACGUACGAAAUAAUCGUAUCACGCAUGCGUUACAUUGCUCAUCAGACAAAGAAUCCGAUACGCAUCGUCUGCCUGAGUACAUCAUUGGCCAAUGCCCAGGACCUCGGGGAGUGGAUAGGAACGACACCGCACACCAUCUUCAAUUUUCACCCGAGCGUCCGUCCCGUGCCCCUGGAAAUUCACAUUCAAAGUUAUAACAUUCCUCAUUUUGAAUCGCUGAUGAUCGCCAUGGCCAAACCCACCUACAUCGCGGUCACAACAUACUCGUCCGACAAGCCGGCCAUAGUGUUCGUGCCCUCACGAGCCCAGUGUAAAUUGACCGCCGUUAACCUGGAGACUCUUUGCACUGCGGAUGGAUUACAAGAUCGCUUUCUCAAAUCGACGCUCAAAGACGAUGAAGGAAAUUUGGAUGAGAAAUUUUCGAAAGAACUGGAAAAAGUCAGCGACGAGUAUUUGAGGGAUACACUUUCGCAUGGUAUUGGAUUUUAUCACGAAGCGCUCAGCACACUUGACAAAUUAAUAGUUGAGAAGUUAUUCGAAACGGGAUCGAUACAGGUAGUGGUCGCGUCAAGAGAUACUUGUUGGGGAUUGAACUUGAGUUGUCAUAUGGUCGUCAUCAUGGGCACCCAAUACUUUGAGGGUAAAGAACAUCGAUACGCUGACUAUCAAAUAACGGACGUUCUGCAAAUGAUGGGUCGGGCGUGCCGUCCGCACGAGGAUGAGACCGGUCGUUGUGUGCUAAUGUGUCAAGCCAUCAAGAAGGAUUUCUAUAAAAAGUUUUUAUAUGAAGCCUUGCCCGUGGAAUCUCAUCUCGAUCAUUUCCUGAACGAUCAUUUUAACGCUGAAAUCGUGACCAAGACCAUAGAGAAUAAGCAGGAUGCAGUAGAUUACCUCACAUGGACAUUUUUGUAUCGACGAAUGGUCGAAAAUCCAAACUAUUACGGCAUGCAAGGUUCUGACCAUCGGCACCUAUCGGACCACUUGUCAGAAUUAGUUGAGACGACGAUAAAUGAUCUCGCGGCAUCGAAAUGUAUUGCACUCGAGGACGAGUUGGAGGUAUCGCCGCUUAACUUGGGCAUGAUAGCGGCCUAUUACAAUGUCAGUUAUGUGACCAUAGAGAUGUUUAGCAUGAGCUUAAACGAGAAAACGAAACUCAAAGGUCUGUUAGAGAUCAUCUCUUCGGCAGCCGAAUUCGAGUCAAUUCCAAUUAGACACCAUGAGGACAAUGUUCUCAAGAAAAUAUACGAUUACCUUCCCGUUAAACUGGGCAAUCCUAAAUUUAAUUCGCCCCACAUCAAAACCAACAUUCUCUUGCAAGCCCACUUUUCGAGAUACGAUUUGGAUAAGGUGCCGGAUCUGAAAUCAGAUCAAAUCAUAGUUCUGGGAAAGGUUAUCCCGUUAAUUCAAGCCAUAGUUGACGUCAUAAGUUCUAACGGAUGGCUGAAUACUGCAUUGGCUGCCAUGGAGUUGUCACAGAUGUGCGUUCAGGCAAUGUGGAGUCAUGAUUCACCAUUAAAGCAAAUUCCAUAUUUCGAGCAAGAACACCUUCGUCGCUGCAAAGAAAUGAGUAUUGAAUCUGUGGCCGACGUCGGUUCACUAGAGGACGAUGAACGUGAGGAAAUACUUCGGAUGGACAAAGAGAGGGACAAAGCAAAGAGAAAUGCGAUAGCGAAAUUUAUUAAUCGAUAUCCGGAUCUUGAUGUUAAAUAUGGAAUAAGGGAUGAGGAUGAACUUGUGUCUAGUUCUCAAGGUAUACUGGACGUUAAACUCACCCGUGAAGAUUUUGAGGAUGACGUGGGACCCGUUUAUGCGCCAAGAUUCCCUCACAAGAAGGACGAAGGGUGGUGGAUUGUUUUAGGAGAUGAUUCGAAAAACGCGUUGCUGGGCAUUAAACGAAUCACUUUGAAUAAGGUUUUGAAUGUAAAAUUAGAUUUCACUUGCCCGUCAGAAGCCGGCGAACAUUCGUUAAAACUUUACGUAAUGUCAGAUUCUUAUAUGGGGUGCGAUUUAGAAUAUGAUGUUGUGAUUAGUGUAUUAGAGGGUGGUGAUGAUAGCGAGGAGGAAGAAGAGGUGCAAGCAAAGGGGAAAAUGCGUUUGGAACGUGGGGAAAUUUCGCUUUACGAGUUUUACAAAAUAUUUGGCACGGAGCUGUCAGACCCAAAGAACAAGGACAAUUACCUCGAAUACAUGCGGUCACGUGGAGGUUCCACGACAAUCGACUUGUCUCUUUUGUCCGUCAUUGUAAUUGAUGGCAAGGAAUUGUUUAGGAAGAUGAUGUCCGAGGCUGCAAUAAUUGAUCCAAUAGUUUACGCGGCAUUAAAGAACCUUAGGACCAGUGGAAAAUUUAAAAUUGCCGCAUUGACCAACAAUUUUCAGGUUCCUCCUGAUGAUUUACAGGAAAUUGAGUUGCUGGGAGGCAAUGCGCCUUUGGAGUUAAGAAAUCUAUUUGAUGAGUAUAUUGAAUCAAGUGUCGUUGGGUUAAGGAAACCCGACCCGCGAAUAUUUCUAUAUGCUUGCAACAAAUUGAAUAUCGAACCUAAAGAGGCUAUAUUUCUUGACGACAUUGGAAUGAAUUUGAAGUCGGCAAAAGAGUUGGGAAUGAAAACGAUAAGAGUUGAACGGGGUAAAUCGAAGGAGGCAAUCAAAGAGUUGGAAAAUCUGGUGGGAAUCUCAUUAUUGGGUAAUAAUGGAGCGAAUGUUAAGCUUUAA